CUAGCCGGAAGGAGGGGGAGCCGAUGUUUAGCCCGAUUGAACGACUAGUCUAGCUAGCCAGCAUUCCUCUUCUCCCCGACGCUCCCCUAGAAAGAAGGAGAUAUAUUUAAAAACGAGGGUCACAAAUUAUAAAUCAGAUACAGAUUGGAUUUGUAUGAUCAAGACGACUCGCCGUGGACUCGGCUAUAAACAACAACGCGACAGAAGGCCUCGAAAAAUGGCCACAUAUACACUGCUGGAUCUGAAAGAACUGGCGAGGCGUGUUUGAACGCGACGGAUUCUUUUUGUUUCGGUGUGAUCAACAAACCAAACGACUUUUGGGAAUAACCAAGGCCCUGUAUGGAUUCUUUCUUGCAUUUUUAAAUGAGGAGUGCAAGAUGGCUGAUGACAGCAACAUUUGAAUAAGGCCAGAAUAGCGACGUCCUCUUUAAGAUAAGAUUAGAAGGGUGUUUUUAUAUAUUUUUUUAUACACAUUAUAUAGAAUAUUGGAUGUAAAUGUUAAAACCGUGGUAGUCGUAAAUAUUCUUGCGUAGCCUUGUUUAUGCGCUUUUGCAGCGGCAGAACAUUGUGAGGUGACGUCUCAGAUAAUUUAAACGAUUUAUUUAAACUUACGAAUUGGAGAGAUGUUUUUUUCUUAAUGUGAGUUGAUAAUAGUCAUGAUCCGUCUCUGAUAAACCAAAGGAAUGAAGCCAGGACAUUUUGGGUCUGGAGACGUUUUGUGUUUCUGAUCUGAAGGCUCGCCACAGCAGCCAACAUUCCAGUGGAUUCUAAAAACCCUUUGUUUUGUGCGUAUGAACUGGAGUCGGCUAUUAAACCAUAAACUAUGCAGUACAUAGCCAUCAAACGAAGUAUUUGUGUUUGAUAUGUUUGAUUAAUUAAGUCUUUAUAGGUUCAAAUAGCCGAGAGGAAAGAGUAUUUGGUGAGAAACGUCGAGGCCUUGUGUGCAGAUAUGCGAGCGUUGCCCGUGGAAGCUUCAUAGCUGACGACGUUAAACAUAAAACAAAUAGGCUAUUAUUAUGUGGCUAUCGUGAGGAUCAAAGUCCGUCGCAACGUGAUACAAUGUUUAUUGAAGGUUUAAGGACACUUGUCAUAUGUAUCUGAUUUGCAAAUCCAAAUAUAUAUUUUUUGUUACAUCCUACUUCCAAAAAGCUAUCACGAGCAUAAUCGUAUUUAUUUUGAAUGCACCCAAAAUAGUCGGUACAUUUUUGGAGGUGAUGACAAAAUAACAUAAUUAAUAUUCCCUUUAUUGUAACAACGGCGUUUUAUUAACCCUGGGCAAAUCGCUUUAUUCAGGGUGUGGGUAUAGGAAUAAAUUCGACCACGUAAUCUUUUCCUUAUGUUAAUUUCUGGACCUCAAUCGAUUGAGGAACAAACAAACAAAAACCGACAAGGAAGUCGAGGCUAGGUCGUCAAGCUAAAGUAAGACCUACGCAGAAGGGUAGAGGAUCGGGUGAGCGUUCAACUCUUUCAUCAGCUGUAUAGAAAUCAAUUCAAGCUCGGCGGUGAUGUAACCAUCUAAACGGCGCUAAUUUAGACCGAUUCAAUGUAAUGUCUGAACCGUAUUGCUUGGUAGAUCUGUGCCUUCAUUUCUAUCAUACCGUAGCCUAUACGUGUAGCUAGCUGGAAAUGCGAACAAUUUAGCUGCCAGAAAUAGGCCUAUAUUUCGCACAAAGUCAGCCUUUCUUGCCUAACCCGUGUGAUUUAAGAUUAAUGGGAAGGGCUUGCUACCCCUUUACGGUAAUAUGCAUAACGUCAGCCCGGACUGUGUGUUGUAAUCACCGAGGUGUUGUCAUCGUUUCCCCGAGGCCUUUUCUGCCUGCGCCUGCCGCUGUGGAAUCUGCCUACCUGCUCUGCCCUGGAUUUAAAGCACUAGCAGAGAGCUGAGAACAUUCACAAGACUCACUGACAGUAUCACCAGUCGGUUGGACUAAACUGGUUGACAGUGCUAGUGAUAAAAAUAACCCUUCAUCGCUGCGUUUUUGGCGCUUGCACAAUAGACAAUUAUCCCUCAAGGACUAACAUAUUGGACUAUAGCAUUUCAUUAUAUAAGGGUCACAGGUCUGCCCUCAGUCCUCAAGACAUUUGAUCGAUAGUCAAGGGGCUUAGUUCAUGGCAAUAGAUCCAUAGUCAAUCCAUAGGAUAGUUAUUUUUUUCAUGUGAGAAGCUUGUCGUUGUUGUGUACCUAUGUCCGCCACUCCCAACAUGGCCUCCAACAUGGCGACCUCCGACCUGUCCGAGACGUGGAGGAACUGUUUCGAAGAGGAGCUAAUCUGCCCCAUCUGCCUGCACGUCUUCUCCGAGCCCAUCCAGCUGCCCUGCAAGCACAACUUCUGCCGGGGGUGCAUUUCAGAGGCCUGGGCUAAAGACUCCUCCCUGGUCCGCUGCCCCGAGUGCAACCACGCCUACAGCCAGAAGCCCGCUCUGGAGAAGAACCACAAGCUGUCCAACAUUGUGGACAAGUUUAAUGCGUUGUCCGUAGAGAAGGCCGCCUCGCCGGUGCUGCAGUGUAUCCUGUGCCGCCGUGGGCCGCCGCUCCCGGCCGUCAAGGUGUGCCUGCGCUGUAGCGCCCCCUGUUGUCAGAGCCACGUCCAGACACACCUGCAGCAGCCCUGCUCCGCCCUGGGACACCUGCUGGUCGAGGCUGAGGCGGUCAAGGCCUGGACGUGUCCUCAGCACGACGAGUACAGACUGUACCACUGUGAGGCAGAACAGACGGCUGUGUGUCAGUACUGCUGCUUCACGCGAUGUCAUCCCAGUCACGGACACGGGGUCACUGACGUGGAGCUACGACGCAACGAUAUACGGCAAAAUCUAUUGCGGCAGCAGGAGAGGGUGGAGGAGAGAGUUCAGGACAUCGAUGAGCAGCUCUGUAAACUGGACUCUGACAAGUGUGUGGUGGAGGACCGGGUGUGUGAGCUGAAAGAGGAGGUGCGUGUGCAGUACCAGCGGAUGCAGCACUUCUUGGAAGAAGACCUGUCCCGUACGCUGGAGGUUCUAGAGCGGGCCCGUUCUAGGUUCUGCCAGGAGAAUGCGGGCCAGGUUCUAGCUCUGGGAGAACAGAGACAUGAGGCCCAGAAGCUGCUCAGCUCAGUCCACACAGCCUUUGGCAAAGCUGAGGAGCUGGGCUUCAUGAAGAACACCAAGCCUGUCAAGAUCCUCAUGGAGAGGUCUCAAGCGUGCGUGGGCAGUGCGCUCCCUCCCUACAAGGUGGGAAGUCUCAACUCUAAGCUGUUCUUGUCAGAACUCUCCAAGAGAGAGAAGAGCCUACGGAAAACAUUGGAAGCCCCCCUAAACCCUCCCUCCUCAUUCCUCCAGUCCGUCCCGGCGUCUCCCAGCGGCCUCGGCUCGGGGGCAGAGAAACGCAAAUACUCCUCGGCGUUCCCAGAAGGCAACGGGAGCGCCGGGAAAAACACUGCUUCCGGGUUCAAGGACUCCUCCUCUUCCUCCUCUAAGCAGCCCUACCUGGGCCCAAACUCCGCCCCCGGAGAGGGCCAAUCCUCCAAUCAGCAGCCUCUGGGGUCCUGUGGCCCCUCCCACAUGAGCGAAGGUAGCGGAACAGGAAGUGGAAGCGGCUCUCUGACCAAUCACCAUUCAGGGUCUGUGUUCAGUCCCUCCCACUUCACCCCUGCUGGCGGUAGCUCCUCCCAUUCUUCCCAGCAGGCUGUGCUCCCCCAGUAUGGCGGGCGUAAGAUCCUGGUGUGUACCAUGGAUAACUGCUACUGCUCUGGGGUACCCUCCGUGUCGGGGCACCGCGGCCACCCGCCCUACCCACGUUCAGGCUCCUUUCCCUGGGUAAGCGCCCAGGACUACCCCCAUCCCCCCGGCCUAGCCUCUGGAGCUCCAGCCAUGCAAGGGCUUGCUGUCAGAGACUGGAUAGACGCACAGCAGACGCACCGACACACAGACUUCUAUGGGCUGUAUGGACAGCCCUCCACCAAGCACUAUGUCACCAGUUAACACACACAUUUCUACAAGCAAACAGCUCCCCAGUUAGCAUUACGCUACUAGUUAACAUACACACACAUACUCAUGUAGAUGCACUUACAGACACACACACACACACACACAUAUGCAGAACAUGUAUACCGGUACACACACAGACGUACCCUUCUACCGGUUAUACGGCCUCAUAGACACGUUUACCCACACACCACACUCGGGGGCAGGGUUGAUAUAUUCGUUUUCUAUGUUUUCUCCGUCAGACAGACACAGUGUUACUGUAUGAUGAUGAUUUAUGUGUUUGUGCAGCAACUGUUGACGCUGAAGCACUUCGGCUCAAGUAAAAUGUUUUAGCGACAUCUCCCUCCCUGUCGUAGUGAGAUCGAUUAGCCUUAUAAUAUUAUUAUUAUUAUUAUUGUUAUUAAUGUUAUCAUUAUUAUUUUCUGUCUGUUGGACAUGGGGUGAAGAGAAGGAUGGUUUAUUGCUUCUGUUGCGGCACUUUUGUCUCCUCUCUGAGUUCAGGGACUGUACAGCUUGGACACACACACUCACGCUUCCAGGUUCUCUUCUGUGUGUGUGGGGACCCCCCUCCAUGCACUUUGGGGGUGUUGGGAUUUCUCUCUGUGUUGAAGUUGCCCUGUAGACACAGGUCUAGGAUCAGCUUACCCCCCCCCCCAAUCCUAACCUUAAACAUCAAAGAGUAAAAUGGCAGAGACUGACCCUAGUUCAGGAUGUAGGGGCAACUGUAAGCCUCCUCCAUUAUGGACCUUCUCUAUUCAUGUUCUCUGUGCCCAUCCCACUGUAAAGGGGAUCCGAACCCCUUUCCUCCUGCUGUCAGGAUUCCCAUCGGAUUGAAUUCUUCCGUCUGAAAGACUGAGACUCCUUUAUUUUCUAGUUAUUAAUAUACGGAUCAUGACACGUGAGUUAUUGCCAUAUUAAUCAUUUGUCAUAAGACCAUAUGAGCAGGUUUCAUGUUUGUCUUUAAGCCAGUUGGACUGGUAGACACGACGGAGGCUCUGCGAGCCACUACAUGGCCUGGGCUGGACUGGACAGACCAAACAAAUCAACUCGAGCAUCCGGGAGUGUGACUGUGACAAUGCGUUAAUGAUGUACUUCCUGCAGGGUGAUGUCACUUCCUUUCAACAAGCACACAAGCUCUUGGCUUCCUGUUUGCGGCUGUAAGCAUGCGGAGAAGAGUUUUAUAACGCACUCUGGAAUAAAUAAAUAAAAGACAAAUGAAAAAUAAUCGGUAACAGUUUUAAAAAGGAUGAGUGAAAGUACUGGGUGAGGGUUUUUUCAUGAACUUUUUCUAAAGAGAAACUGGACUGCCUGAUGUAAGCAUUGGUCAAAAACGCUGAAAAGGAACCAUUGUUACAAGAACAGUUGACCAAUAGAAAAAAAAACAUGGAAAACUAUCUUUUUGUAAAUAUUUUGUGAAAUGAAAAAUAAAGAACAUGUCAUUUGGAGGAGGGUUCCAAAUAAAUCAAUGAAUUUAA